AUGGCUGCUUCCGGGAUUCAUUGUACGCAGAUUAAUUUGCAUCAUUGUAAGAGCGCUUCGGCGAUUUUAGUCAAGAGCUUGACAAAGAUGCAGACAGCUUUAGCCUUUAUUCAAGAACCUUGGGUUUUCAAGGGGAGAAUUAGAGGUCUGAACGGCUGUGGCGAGCUGGUUAGUUUACCACAGGAACCAGUUCCAAGGGCGUGUCUGAUCUAUAAAGGUCUAAACGCUUUCCCUCUUUUGGAAUUAACUACAAGGGACUUAGCUGUAGUUAAAGCUAAGUAUCUAGAAAAGAAAGGAAAUAAAAGGGAGGUGGUAAUAGCGUCUGCUUAUUUUCCGGGAACAGGGGAUGAACCUGCACCACCAAGAGAGGUGGAGAGGUUGGUAGAGUACUGCCAAAGGCGAGGGCUUCCUUUGAUAAUAGGGUGUGAUGCUAAUGCGCAUCAUGUUGUUUGGGGUAGCACAGACAUUAAUGACAGAGGCAGAAGACUUUUAGAUUUUCUGUUAGGUACAGAUUUAGAUAUUCUAAACCAGGGUAAGGAGCCGACUUUCGUUACUGUUAACAGAAAAGAGGUGUUGGAUAUUACGAUCUGUUCCAAGUCUUUGUGUGAUGGCGUGGGGGACUGGAGGGUGUCUGAUGAAGAUUCCCUCUCGGACCACAGGCUUAUUACGUUUAGAUUGGAAUCGAUAGAUCGGGAGCAGGAGUGCGGACGUAAUCCUAGGAGUACCGACUGGCAUCAUACAGUGAAGACCUCAAGGCCUCCAUUGCAUGCUUCCCCACUUCUUAUGGAACGAGGGAGGAGUUAG